CCCACGGCAGCCCCCAUGCCCCGCCUCGGAGCCAAGGUGUGCCUGCUCCGCUGCACCCUGCUGUCAUCCCUCCUCCUCCUCCUGGUCUGCAGCAUCCAUGAGACGGAGCAGAACAGCUACUGCCAGCAGAUCAUCACGGAGAAGCACCUGGCCGAGCUGGAGGAGCUGGCUGACACCCAGAUGCAGCACCCGGGCAGGGUCUCCUUCAGGUUCAUCAAUAAGAUGCAGUUGAAUGACUCCGUCUGCUACGUGAAAGCUGCUUUUCCUCUGCUGGGCAAGAUCCUGGAGCGAACGGAGUUCAAGGAGAACUCAUCCAACGCCAAGAAGAUGCAGAUGGUGCGCAGGAUGUACAGUCGGAUCGACGAGAACGUCGACCCCUGCAUCAGGGAGGAGGAUGAUGAGGAGAGAAAGCUCUCGCAGAUGUGCUUCGAGGAGUUCACCACCUCCCCCUACGAGAUGCUGGUGCUGGUGAAGCAAUUCUUCCAGGACAUCAACCAGCUGCUGCAGAACCAGGAGACCUUCGAGAAGGAUUGCAGCCAGGUCUACCGCAGGACCUGCGUGGGACCCAGGAAGGCUGGAUCCUCACCAGGUGUGGGGACAGAUCCUGACUGCAAUUGCCUGUCCCCUGCCCUCCCUUCUGCCACCCAGCCCUCCCUCUCCGCUGCCACCCAUGCUGGCAGGGAGGUGGCACCCGCUAGCACCCAGGUCCCUUACAGCCUCCUCCAUGCCACCCUCGCUGAUUUAGACGCCCAAUCUCAGCCCCCCAGUAGCACGGACGGCGGCUCAGGGACCGAGGAGGUCCUGGGUGCCGGGGUAGGUGACACGGCGUCAGUGCCGUCCCCUGCGAUGCAGCAAACAGUUCCAGCCGACAGCGCCGAAGCUUCCCUGGAUCCGGCCGGGACCCUUAACCUGGCAGCGGUGGACGUCUCCGUCCUGCGUGGGGAUGGAGAGCUGGUGGAGGGGGGCACCGAAGCAGUGGCUGGCCACCCGCCACAGGAUCUGGCCCAGAAGCAGGGACCCUCUAUCCUUCCGGACCAUCCCGGCGGGCUCAGGACCACCACACCGGCAGCAUCCCCCAGCGCCGGCUUGGCAGGCGGCGCAGCCAGGAUCCGUCCCGCCGGGGCAUCUGAGGCCAUCACGCAGCUCCGUUUCUCCAGGAUGGCCCCGGAGAUGCGGGACCGAGCGCCGGGCGGCCCCGGGGACGGGGCGAGGGUGCGAGGCUGGGGGCUGAGCCGGCUGCGGGAGCCCGAGGACGGCGGGGCCGGCCCCAGCUUUGACUCUGGCUUUGUUCUGAGCGCAGAGCAGCGCAGGAAGGAGCCGGCCGUCAGGGAGGGCCGUCGGGAGCCCCUGAUAUACGUCACGGUGGCCAGCGUGGUGGCCGUCCUGCUGGCCAUGGGAGGGCUGCUCUUCUACAAGUAUAAAUUCAGGGUCCUGGAGCGGCCGCUGGAAGAUGGAGGUUGCGACCCCGAGGAGCCGGAGAGGAGGGCGCUGCAGGGAGCGAGGGGACAUCCAGAGCUGGAGACUCAGGACCUCUAAGGGCUCGAGGCGGGAUGUGAA